AUGGGCAUCAGCUUCCUCCCAGUGAUGGAGUACCUCUCCCGCCGAGCCUUCCUCGCCGCCGGCCUGUGCUCCCAAACCGCCACCUUCCCCUGCGAAGCCGGUGGGACCCGUACCAUCCACUACUGGGCGCCGCCGGGGGAGCCGCGCCUCCCGCCGCUCCUCCUCGUCCACGGCUUCGGCCCCAUGGCCACCUGGCAGUGGCGCCGCCAGGUAGUGCCAUUCUCCCGCCGCUUCCACGUCGUCGUCCCGGACCUCCUCUGCUUCGGCGGCUCCUCCCCCUGCCCCUCCUCCCCGCCGCCCUCCGAGUCGGGGCAGGCCGCCGCGCUCGCCGCGCUGCUCGACGCGCUCCCUGGGCUCGCCAAGACGACGCGCGUCGCCGUGGUCGGCACGAGCUACGGCGGGUUCGUGGCAUACGCCCUGGCGCGCGCGGCGGGGCCCGGGAGGGUCGGCCCCGUGGUGAUAUCCAACUCCGACCUGCUCAAGACGGCCGAGGACGACAGGGCGCUGCUCCAGCGCGCCGGCGGCGAGCUGGCGAGCACGGCCGACUUGCUCAUGCCGCUGGACGCGCGCACCGCGCGCCGGCUCAUGGAGCUCACGUUCUACCGGAGGCAGGUCACCGCCAUGCUGCCGGACUUCUUGAUCGGAGAGAUCGUGCAGAAACUUUUCACCGAUAAGAGGGAAGACAAGAUCGAGCUUAUGAAGGCUGUAACUGUAGGCACUGAUGAGUUUCAGGUUACACCCUUGGAGCAGGAUGUUUUGCUCAUCUGGGGAGACCAUGACCAGAUAUUCCCUUUGGACAAGGCAUUUGCUGUCAAGAGGUGCUUAGGAGAGAAUGUCAGACUGGAAAUCUUCAAAGAAACCGGGCAUGUGCCUCAGAUGGAGGACCCGAAUCGGUUCAAUGAGGUCGUCUUCGACUUCUUGCUUGCUUCUCUAAAGUCCCCAAACCAACAUGAUCAAUAGUUCAUACGGCUAAGCUCUAUCCUGAAUCCAGAGUACCAGAGAGCAUCACCCAGCUUGAAUAUUUCCGUGAAAACUUGCAGUAAUAAGUUGUCCAAUACCCUGUUGCUAGCGCAUUGUACAUUACACGAUGUUGUGAAACUAUAUGUUUCAGUCAAUAAAACACUUUUCCUGCUUACUCCACCCCUUAAGCAGGAAAAGUGCUUGCAGUUA